AUGUCGCUUAUGGAGUACUGGCUCAAACAGAUUGCACUAGAGCCCCACUCAACGAUGGGUCUUUGUCAAUUCAUCCGAUCUAAGACACAUGAGCCGGCUGCAGGACGGGGAAGGCUCCGGGCUUCCCCGGUUCUCAUUUCCCUUGGGCAAGGAGACACCUGCCGGGGCCCCGCGGGGGCGGCGAGGCGAGGGCCAGAGGCGCGGGAGCAGGACCGCGCCGUCCCCCUCCCCACCCCCCUACCCCCCCCCCCCCGCGCCCGGCCCGCGCCGCGCAGCCUCGAGCGGCGCCACGUGGCGCCCAGGCCCGCCGUCCCGGCCCGCGCGCCUUCCCCGCCCCGGACUCACGGCGCCGCGGCUGCCCGGCCUGGCCCUGCUCCCGCCUCGCAGCCGCCCCGGUCGCAAUCCCUGUGGGAACGGGCCCCAGCCCCGGCCUGGCCUGGGCGGGGCCGCCGCGCCCCGGCGGCGGGGAAGGGCCCCGGUGGGCGGCCCUGGGGCCCGGGUGCCCGUGCGUCCCUCCGCCGGGAGAGGAGGCCUGCAGGCCUGCAGACUCCAGCAGCGCGUGAAAAACGCAGCUCUAGCAGCGUCGGCUGGGAAGACGCCUGCGCCGGGAGCACCCCUGCCCCAACCCCCACGCGCUCCGAACUUCUCGGGCAGGGCGGGCCCCACACGGUGGCCAGGAAGAUGGUAGGCAUUCAGACUAAGCAUGUCUACCAAAAGCAGCCAACCAUCUUUCAAAAUAAGAAGAGGGUCCCGCUUGGAGGAACUAGCAAGGAGAAGUUUCUGUGAUACUAUAGAAACAUCGGUCUUGGCUUCAUGGUGCCCAAGGGGGCGAUUGAGGGCACCUAUAUUGACAAGAAAUGUCCCUUUACUGGUAAUGUCUCCAUCCGAGGGCGGAUUCUGUCUGGUGUGGUGACCAAGAUGAAGAUGCACAGGACCACUGUCAUCCUCUGAGCCUACCUCCACAACAUUUGAAAGUACAACCACAGGAUCAUGUCCGUGUACCUGUUGCCCUGCUUCAGGGAUGUCCAACAUCGUCAUGGUGGGCGAGUGCCAACCCUUGAGCAAGACUGCGCUUCAACGUGCUCAAAGUCCCGAAGGCCACUGGCACCAAGAAGUGAUCCCAGAAGUUCUGAGAUUAGACAUCUGUUCACACCCCUGAAGAAAAUAAUUUUCCCAGUCAAAAAGAUUCUGUGGAGUACUUAAAUAUCUUGAAAUUCUGUCCUUAUAGAUGGGAUAGACAUCGACUCGCACUGCUAACUGAACCAUUCUAUCUUCCAUUCCUUUAUGAUCCACGUUACUCUUAUCUUUGAUCAAACUGAGUGCCACAGGUUCACUGUGCCCAAGUAUGACAGAAAUAGUCUUUAAAAAUAUACUUUCUGGUACACAGCAGGUACCUAACUAAAAUUUGUUAAUUCUCGGUACUUCUUCUACACCACUAAGUUUUAGCAAGGGCAACUUAGAAAUUUUCAGAGUCCAUUCCAGUAAAGUUGGACCAGCUGGGGACAUGAGGAGGAGAAUGGAGGGUAGAAAAGGAGAAAAAACCUUCUUUCCAUUUCUUGCUAUUCCUUACCUGUGGGAGUUCUCCCUAGCUUCAGCUUCUUUUGGCCCUUCCAGAACCUGAAUUAUGACACACCUUCAGAGGUACCUGCAUUAGCCAGGCAGCUUCUCUUCUCAAGGUGUGAGCCCCAACUUCAUGGGCCCCUUCCUCUGAGCUCCUGCUGAGCUUGGAGCAGCUGGGCAGCAGCCCCUCCACAGUGGUCAGAGCACCAUCUUACGGGCUUUGCUCCUCUCAGUCGCCGGCUUCUAGUAAUCCCACACUGGACCCUUUGCUUCCUCCCACCCUGUUGGCGGUGACUGCUUCCCGCAGUUAUUGUUCUCCUGGGUUCUCUGCAUGUCCUAUUUCUGCUAACAUCUGUGGAACAACUCCAUGUAUUAAUUCUCUAGUAAAAUACCUACUGUGGUGUCUUGUU